UUCGAGAAAAACCAAUAUUAAAGCUCCGUGUGGUUUUUCUUUUUAAAAAUAUAUUUAAAUUUCUAUCAAAUUAUUUUUAUAAUCGUUUUUAUUAAAACUAUUGACAGUUAAUAUAAAAUGUCAUCAGAUUGGGAUACAGUUACAGUACUUCGUAAAAAAGCACCAAAAGCUUCACAAAUGAAAAGUGAAGCAGCUGUCAAUGCAGCUCGACGACAAGGGAUCGCUGUGGAAACACAACAAAAGUGGGGUGCGGGAAGUAAUAAACAACAUGUUACCACAAAAAAUACGGCAAAAUUGGAUCGUGAAACUGAAGAAUUGCGUCAUGAACGGGUAUCUCUAGAUUUAGGUAAACUUAUACAACAAGGGCGUCAAGCUAAAGGAAUGAGUCAAAAAGAUUUAGCUACUAAAAUAAAUGAAAAGCCCCAAGUUGUCAACGAUUACGAAGCUGGCCGUGGUAUACCAAAUAACUUAGUAAUUGGUAAAAUGGAAAAAGUAUUGGGAAUUAAAUUACGUGGUAAAGAUCGUGGACAACCAUUAGUGCCCCCCGGGACAAAGAAAUAAGACGUCACCGAGGGGCAUAUACAAUGAAUUUAAUAUAAAAAAAACACAAUUGUCUAUAUAAAUGUAAUAUGAAAUUCACAUCAGAGUCUGUGGUUUGAAUCGUUCAAACACAAACUGUAUUUCUGUAUAUUCAGGCUCCGGUUGUUAUAUUUCUGUAUACACUUUUUUUGAUAU